AUGUCAACAACAAAAAUAUAUUAUGUGCCUGAACCUCUAAAGCCUUCACCUAAUUAUCGAGAAAUUGUCAAGUAGUGAAAGAAUUUAUAUAGAAAAUUAAUAGAUUCUAGACAAGAGGAUAAAUCAAAAAUCGACGAGUAUUUAGAUCAUUUCCAACCUACAAUUGAUGAAACAAGAGAGAAACAAGAUUAAUAUUUAGGCAAAAGGUAUUUUUUCUAAUUUAUUAUAUGAGAUAUCGAUCAAUUCUAUAAGCUCUUGAAAGGGCCAAGAAUAACUUAAUUAAGUACAAUUUGUCUUUGUUGGAAUUGCAAGAUAAAAUUGAAAAAAGUGUAGAAAUAAGAAAAGUACUUGAAGAUGUCAACAACUAUAAAACUUAUAGUGAAGCAUUNCUGAAUAGUAUGAAGAUUUAAGCUGAAACUAUGAUCAUUGAGGAAGGAAGAAGAAAUAUGUUAUGUAAUAUUUUAGUUUCUGUUGGUACAUUAACUAGAGCUCAAGAUAAUAUGAUACAUGAAUAACUAAGUAUUUUCAUUCAAAUAAUCUCAUAUGUUACAUUUUAUUAGCAGUUAUCUUAAACACAUAAACAAAAAAGGAAUUAGAUUGAGCUAUUGAUAAUAGUUAAGGGCCUUUUUUGA